AUGUCUCUACCAAGUGGAUGGGAGCAGCGCUUCACUGAAACCGGAAGACCCUAUUUUGUAGAUCAUAAUGCUCGGACAACAUCUUGGAGAGACCCACGCCUUGGCUCCGGCUCCUUACGGGUACAGAACAGAAGCGGUAUCGAAUCUCGGUUCACAAUCGACCAAGUAAGAGCAUUGGGCCCAAUACCGGCAGGAUGGGAAAUGCGGAUCACGAGUGACAAUUCAAGAAUCUACUUCGUUGACCAUGCCACUAGAAGCACGACUUGGAGGGAUCCAAGAGAUUGGUGA